CGGGCGAGGCUCGCAGGAGCACGGAGCACGCAGAGGACGCCAGUCGCCGCCCAGCCGCCCUCCGCGACACACGCACCGCGCAGCGCCCGCGCCCUGCACCCGCCGCGCCGAUCCGCCGACCGACUCGUCGCACUUACGCCUCAUCACGUACCGUCUUCGGUUUGUGCAUUUAUUCAUCAUCAAAUUAUAACUAACUUUAACAUCUCUCUCGAAAUAAAAGCUCUAAGCUUCACAAAUUAAGUUCGAAUAUCGGAAAAAGAACUGAGAUCGUUCGAAGUUUACAGAGUGCCAACGGAUAGCGAAGGAUUCUCCGCGCCCUCGUAAUGUAUUUCGCUUGAGGCCAGGUGGAGUGUACUCACCUGAGCUCGUGCCAACACCUUCACGAUGUGUGACUCUGUGAAAUUUUAGAACGAGACAGUAAAUAUGCGCGCGUCUUGAAGUGACUUGAAGGAAAUGAGUGUUACGAUCCAUUGACUGAGUGAUUAUAGUGCAAAGAUUCAAAUGAGUGUUUGGUAAAUCGGUGUGGUUUAGUGCAGCCAUGAGUUUCCUGACAUCAUUGGGUCAGUAUGUGGCGGGGGUGGCGGACAGCGUGGCCGGGCUGGCGCUGUCGCCGCGCCGCGCGCCGCCCUCGCGACACCGCUCCGCCGAGGAGUCGCAGGCUCACCCGCCGCAACCAUCCACCGCGACCAUGAGAGGAUUUCCUCGAGUGGUACCUACGGAAGGAGCAUCAGCAUUAAAUGCUCGCCGCCGUACUCUGGACUGCCUGGCUCCAGCUCCUCCGCCGCGGCGUGGUGGCUCACUCCGAGUGCCUCGCAACCAACCACCGCCGGAGAGACCGACCAUGGCUUUCUGCAAACGGCGCCUCUCCUGGCCAGAGGUCGAUAACAAUGUUAACUCCGGGGUGCAAGACACGGACGGAUCCUACUUCGAGAACUUUACUGCCUUGUCAUGGCGGCAUGAGAACAGGCGUCUUGCUGCGCUGAGGCUUGUCGAAGCCAGGUCGGAGAGGGCGCCACCGGCACCCCAUGACCUUGGCCUCCCCAGCGUGUCAGCACAACUGUCGCACAAGGAACACGAGCAUCUCUACACUGAGGUGCUGUACUGCAUUGAGAACGCGGUAGGUGCGCCAGCCCCGGACGGUCAGUUCGCGGCGUACAAGGAGGAAGUGGUGGAACAUGCACGCCGCGCUUUUCGCGUGUCGCCCGAGGUGCACGCGCGGGCCAUGCGUGCUGCGGGCAGCGAGCGCCCGCCCACCGUCGUGCUCGGCUGCUCCGUCAUCGAAGCUGAUGGACUUGAGGCCAAAGAUGCUAAUGGGUUUAGUGAUCCCUACUGCAUGCUGGGAAUACAACCGGCAUCUCUGCCGGCUUCUCCUCGUGCUUCUGAGGAUGAAGGGCGUAAGCAUGGCUUCAGGCUGAGCUUCAAGCGCCGCGACGGUCGGCAGCAGCGCGACAGUCUGGGCCGCUUGCCCGCUCGCUACAUACGAGCUACUAGCGUGCGGCCACACACGCUGUCGCCAAAAUGGAACGAGACUUUCAAGUUCGACAUUGAUGAUAUAUCGUCGGACGUGCUGCACUUGGACAUAUGGGACCACGACGACGAGAGCUCGGUGCUGGACGCCGUGUCCCGGCUGAACGAGGUCCGCGGGGUUCGUGGACUCGGCCGCUUCUUCAAACAAGUUUGUCAGAGCGCUCGUCAAGGCAGCCAGGACGACUUUCUGGGUUGCGUGAACAUCCCACUUCGUGAGAUCCCGUCGACGGGUGUCGAGGCUUGGUACAAGCUAGAGGCUCGCUCGCAGCGCUCCUCCGUGCAAGGUCGCAUCCGCCUACGACUGUGGCUGUCAGCAAGGGAGGCAGGACGACACGACGAUGACAACUGGCAACAGGUACGUCAACACGAGCGUUUGUUCGGCGUGCUGUUGGCUCACGAGGUGGAGAUGCAGCGCGCUGCAGCUGCUGCGGCUGCCGCUGCUGCAGCGGCCGCGGCCCCAGCAGGAGCUGCUGCGGCUCCGGGACAGCCCGAGGCUAAGAUUGCCACCACUCCCACACCACCGUGGGACGGCGACCUGUGUGGAGCUGCGCAGACGCUGCUACACCAGCACGCUAUACAGGGCGAUCUCAGUGCGUUACAGGCGGCUAUCGCGCGCUUUGCUGCUGCCUGUCGUUUGAACGCUGAUGCUCCUCUCGAUCCCAAGUACAUGCACAAGCUGCUGAUAGAGUUGGAGCGGGCUUGGUGUGCCUGCGAGGCUAUAUCUGGAAGUGGCAGCGGCGACUCGGGCUCGGGUGCCUCUCGUGAUGAGGAGCGCUGGCUCGCCGACUGCUUCGGCGAGUACGUGGACCGCGCGCUACAUCAGCUGCGCUUGCAUCGCGACCUCUACCCCGUGCUGCACCAACUUAGCAUCAACAAGUUGGAGUAUCUUCUGCGAUGUUUGAGCCAGCUCUCGCAAAUGAAGGCUUUCUGGCGAUGCUGUCCAUUUAACAAGGAAAUAAGGAGCGAGAUUGUGACUGCGCUCCGCAAGGGCACAUCCGAGUGGUACGAGGCGCUGUGUGGCCAGGACACGCACUCCGAGCGAGGGGAGGACCUCGUCAACCUGAUCACUCUCAUACAGAUCGACCUGCAACAAGGCCUCACCUACUACCACCCCCUCUUCGAAACGACCAACAACGUGCCGUACUUCAGCAUCGUCUUCACACAGAUAGACAAAAUGCUGUCCGAGGAUGUGAGGAACUGUGUGGAGCACUGGGUGGUGGAAGGCUGGUGCGGCGUCGUCGAAGAACCGAUGUACGACGAGCACGGAAACGGUGUGUGCCUAGUGACGAUAGCGAAGACGCUGCCGUUUGAAGUGUUGUCGGCGGUGCGCGAGCUAUGCGCGGCGGCCGCGCUCGCGCCGCAACCGCAGGCGCAUCCCCACGCACCGCACGACCCGCCACCGCAACUGCUCGACGCCUACCUGUGGUUCGAGCCGCUGAUCGAUCGCUGGCUCGCCGUCACCAAAACUAUGGCCCUGCAGCGAGUGCGAGCCGCCGUCGAACUUGACCGGCCCGUGGAGGGGGAACACCUCGUGAAACACAGCACCUCGUCGGUGGACACCGCGGCUUGCCUGUACCACAUGCGGCUGGUGUGGCGCUCGGUGGGUGGCGCCGAGGAGUGCACGUCGGGCGGGAGUGUGCGCCUGCUGGAAGCCGCCUGCGCUACGGCGCUGCACUACGCCGACCUCGUGCAUGGCGCACUCGCUGACCAGGGCUAUUAUGAGAACCAUGGUCAAAAUAAAACGACGGAAGAGAUAUGCACGAUUGUGAACAACUUGGAAUAUGUGCGGCGCUCUCUAGCCGAGUACGACGACGAACACAUUGCAAAUGACGAGAAUGCUCGUCAGUUGGUGCGCGGUGCCAUAGGCACGCUGGACGCGCGAGCGGCACGCGCGGCCGCGCCUCUGUCUGCCCGCGCGCGCCCACAUCUCAGGAAGGCUGUGUUCCACCUCGCGUGGUCACCUGAUACUCUGCCUACUACGCAGGCAAUUACUCCACUCCUGGAGUUUCUGGAUCAGCACCUGUCCUCGCUGAAUACGUGGCUGCUGCCGCGCGCGUUCAUUCGCGCCUUAGGAGGAUGUUGGAGUGGCGUGCUCAAGGAAGUAUCUUCCCAAGCCGAUGCAGGCGGGGCCGAGCGACCACGCGUCUACCAUCACAGACUGCGGGAGGCACUGGAUCUCUUAGCCGACUUCUUCCACGCUGAAGGAAAAGGUCUCCCGAUGUCGGAGGUGCACAAUACGGAAUGGUUCCGCGUGGAACAAAGGAUGGAGUACCACCAGGCGCCCACCGAGAAACUAUUGGAGCUGUGGCUCGCUGAUAGACUGGCCGAACAAUCGCGCACACCGCUGCCCUCGCGCUACGGCUCCAUACUUGUGCGUGUAUACUUCAAUCACGAUUCGCUGUGCGUGGAGGUGUUGUCGGCGCGCGACGUGAUUCCGCUCGACCCGAACGGCUUAAGCGAUCCAUUCGUUGUGGUCGAGUUGGUGCCCAAACGACUCUUCCCGAAAGCUCACGAACAAGUCACCAACGUGCAAAAGAAAACGUUGAACCCGGUGUGGGACGAGUGCUUCGAGUUCGCGGUAUCACUGGACGCGUGCCGCUGCCCAGGCGCGGCGCUGGCACUGUCAGUGUGGGACCGGGAUGUGCUGACAGCCGAUGACUUCGCUGGCGAGGCCUUCGUGUCACUUGCUCGUAUACCUGGGGUCAACAACCACGCUGCACCGGACCCGCUGCGGCCGCUCGAACUGCCGCUCAUGCAGCUGCACGACCGCAAUCAUCCCAUCUUACAAAUACUGGAGUCACGCACCACUGAUAAACUGGCCAUUGACUUCGUGAAGAAACAAAAGCUAAGAUUCGCUGAACAGUAAGUUCUCUGUCAACUUUCAAGUAUCUGUUUCUAAGUAUACUUAUUUCUUUAUUUAUAUUUACGCACAACGUCCAUUAAAAUGUUGACAAUAUUUACAAAAUUUACAAAAAAAUGAAUUCGAUAUUUUUAAAUGAAAUUUUUGUUAAUUGCAAACCUAUUUAUUAUGAUUAAGAUGUAUAAAAGUCAUCAGUAUUAACGUAUGAAAUACUACAAAGACUGUAAUUCUUUGACUCAUGAGAGAACAUGUAUAUGUAUAAAGUAUUGUCUAUGUGUAAUUUCAAUGCAUUUUAUAUGUGUAUAGAGUUAGUACGCACCCUCGGAGCUUAUGUCCCUAGUUGUUAAUCUCUAUUAGAAGUUCCCGACCAAGUACUUUAAGGCUCGUUGUUAACCAUUUCAUACUUCGCGCUACUCCACCUGCCUACAUCUCUUACAUGGACUUCACUGUUCGGCACUUUCAAUCCAAUACUAUAUUACGGUGUUAGUUGUUUAUUAAUACAGUAGCAUGUCAAACGUUAAUGCUAAUAUAUGAAAAUAGUCGUAAUUCAAUUUACUCAUAAUAACAUGUCUCUCGAUAGUAUUUCACCGUCAGAAUAUAUAAAUGUUUAGCGUGUAAUUAACAUUAUCAAAUCCGUGUUGGUCCGUGUUUCCGAGGAGUACUUGUUUAUAUUAAUCCCUCGAUGUCGAUGUUUCAAUGUGUUGCAGCGUUAUCUCUGCUUGAUGUGGAUCCACAACGAUCCAUUGAUACACACCUGUACAUUAGAUUACGACGAAACAGUGGAAUGCAGUACAGUCACUUAUUAAUUAUUAUUUACGUUUUGAUUACAUUCCAUAUUUCACUUUACAUGAAUUAUCAGCAACAUUAUACCUAUUCUACAAAAUUUGAUACUUACAACUUUAUGCAUUUUAAACGAGCUUUUUAUUACCGUCGCAUCUAUUACUUAAAGAAUAUAUAAUUUAAAUAUAUUAUAUAAUGUAUGGAAUGCAUUGUCUUCGACGACUGAUUUUUCAUCGUUAGAGUUAAUUAUAUUUUAUAACUAUACGUGACGUAUGUACACUGUGUAUACAAGUAUAUUAUUGUAAUAGAUGAUGUAUUGAUGUUUUAAAUUAGCAAAUGAAUAUUAUAUACCUACUUUAUACAUGUAACAAUUAGUAUAAAGGAAUGUUAAAGUUUAUGAGACAGAUUUGUAUUUAAAGAGGAGAAUGAUUCGUGUGUAGGAGAGGAGAAGGAUGCGGCAGAUUUAUUAUAUUUAUGAAUGUACUUAUGAGAAGGGAUCCAAGUAUAAUGUACCAGGCAGUCUACAAGCGCGCGCUAGCGCACUCUCUAGAUCGGAGGAAGCGAACGGAAACAUGCAAAUCUCGGGGACCAGCAGGCCCCGACCUAGAUAUAAUUCAAUUCUUAAUUUUAAAUAAAUAAAUGUGUGACCGUAAAUUACUAAUAUAAGAAACCAUACGUACUUAUAUGAUGAUGUUGUAAACUUUCCGCGCUCCUGUGUACUUACGAACAUACUCUAGUAGAAAUUGUGAUUGAUGGAUACCCACUCUGCUCUUAAUAAAAACCUCGAAAAGUCAUAUCCAGUGCUACCCUAUCCAUAUCGCUGAGCUUGUAACGUCUACAUAAGAUGUAUUUUAACUUUAUAUCUGUGCAGCGCGGGGACGCGUCGAUGUUAAUCUAAGUAAUCGAUGCGGUACCGCGAUGUUCCGCUGUUUUUGAUACGUUUGGAAACCUUCAUAUACAAUUUAUAAAUAAUACAAAAUGACUAUGUAUGAUCCUUUGGCUAAACAAGACCAUUCCAAGAGUCAAUUAUUUAAAAUAGGCUACUCAAAGACAACAUAUUUUACAUUCGAAAUCUAUAUAUAUUUUGGAACUUAUUGCUCAUGAAAAAGUCAUGUGCCAGCGAAGAUCGGCUUUUUUUAUAUGAAAUCAUUAUUAUACAAAAACUUUUUAUAAAAUUCUACUUUCCACUGUCGAAAGUGGAGGAUGAUAUUUGAGAUUCAGAUGAUAAUCAUGCAAGAUGCAUGUUUUGAAAUAAACCAAUCCGUUACUUACUGGAGGUAACGUGUCUAACAAACUGUUCUGCUUUACUCACUUAUCCUUCUAUCUGUAUAAUUUAUUGUGUGUCAUCGACGUUUUGCAAAUCCUAUAGAAAUAUAAGAAUAUAUUAGUGUUGAUAUCAAUGUACCCACUCCACAUAUCUAAGUGUGUAACUUAUAUUAUCCGCUGAUACAAAACCCACCGCAUUCUGGGACUGAUCCAUUCAAAAACAUGAAAUGAUGCUGUACGUACUAUUAACACUUGUGUUCCUUGCUUUAAUAAACUCUAAAAAUAAACGAAA